GUUUGUUUUUAACUGAAUAAGACGUGCACAUAUCAUUACCUUUUUAAUCUGAUCAAAUCUCUUUUAAAGCUAGAUCUCACUCAAACAGCAGCAGGAGAGAAAACUAGAAAAAAGCAGCGCAUAAUAUACACAUUAGUUGUCUCUGAGCACAUUAAUAACAGGCAGAUAAGAUCAGUGAAAUGUUCGGGUACAUGGCUGAAACUACCCUACAUAAACAGACUCAUUCAUACUUCUGUGUAAAUGGUGAAAGAAGCUGCCCUCCUGUCAUGCCUUCCUGAGGCGGACUCUGAGUUGCCCACCAUAGGUGCCAUCUGUCUCCAUGUGUCUGUACCCCUCCCCAGCGUCAUCAGUGUUGGAACUGGAGGGGAGGCCUCGUGGCAGAGCAACAAGCCUCUCCUGUUCACUCAGAUGGCAGGGGAGAUGGCACGUCCCACGCCAGGGAACAUAGUGCCGUGGACAUGAGAUCAACGUGAACUCCGCAGAUCUGCCUUGUGAAUGACAGGACAGAAGCGUGACGCCGUCUGCCCAUAGCGUCUUCAUUGACCUCACACACUCGAUUCUAGUUGAAAAGCUUCUUGGACCAACAUGAGCUGGAGCUUUCUCACUCGUCUUCUGGAAGAGAUCCACAACCAUUCCACCUUUGUGGGGAAAGUGUGGCUGACUGUUCUCAUCAUCUUUCGGAUCGUGCUCACAGCGGUCGGGGGGGAGUCCAUUUACUCGGACGAGCAGACAAAGUUCACCUGUAACACCAAGCAGCCGGGCUGUGACAACGUAUGCUACGAUGCCUUCGCUCCCCUCUCGCACGUCCGCUUCUGGGUCUUUCAGAUCAUCAUGAUAUCCACACCGUCCAUCAUGUACAUGGGUUACGCCAUCCACAAGAUCGCCCGCACCUCAGAGGAGGAACGUAAGAAGCACCACCGGCUCCGUAAAAAGCCACCCCCUCACACCAGAUGGCGAGAAUCCCACCACCUAGAGGACGUCUUAGAGGUGGAUGAAGAUGAUGAUGCUGAGCCCAUGAUCUAUGAGGAUACACUGGAGGUGCAGGAGGCCAAGCCCGAACCAGUAAGCACCACCAGUAAACAGCAAACAAAGCAUGAUGGCCGCCGCAGAAUUAUGCAAGAAGGAUUAAUGAGAAUCUACGUUCUUCAACUCAUGUCACGAGCUAUUUUUGAAAUCGCUUUCCUCGCUGGACAGUAUCUCCUUUAUGGUUUUAGAGUUAGUCCCUCCUAUGUGUGCAACAGGGUGCCCUGUCCUCAUAGAGUGGACUGCUUCAUCUCAAGGCCCACAGAGAAAACAAUCUUCCUUCUCAUUAUGUACGUGGUAAGCUGUCUUUGUCUUGUGUUAAACGUAUGUGAGAUGCUUCACUUGGGGAUCGGCACUUUCCGGGACACCCUUCGCCUGAAGAGGAAUCGGGGCCGGCGGACAUCCUACGGCUACCCGUUUUCUCGUAACAUUCCAGCCUCUCCACCGGGCUACAACCUUGUGGUGAAGUCAGACAAACCUAGCAGGAUGCCCAAUAGUCUCAUCACCCAUGAGCAGAACAUGGCCAAUGUGGCUCAAGAGCAGCAGUGCACCAGCCCAGACGAGAACAUCCCCUCAGAUCUGGCGAGCCUACACCGUCACUUGCGAGUUGCCCAGGAGCAGCUCGAUAUGGCCUUUCAAACAUAUCAAACCAAAAAUAACCAGCAGACCUCCAGAACCAGUAGUCCUGUAUCUGGGGGCACUAUGGCAGAGCAAAACCGAGUCAAUGCAGUCCAGGAGAAACAAGGAGCCAGGCCAAAGUCAGCCACAGAGAAGGCUACAUCAACUGCAAAAAACGGGAAGACUUCUGUCUGGAUCUAGAAAUAGAUUUAUUUAAUAAAUUAAAAGUGUAUAAUUGGACUGCAUUGUGAUGCAGCUAGAGAGAGCAAGUGUGAGAUGCAUCUCUGGACAAUAACUUGAGAACUUCAAUCACAGCUAAAUGAAGUGCAGUACACGUAGUAUGGGGGAUUAAAAAACACACAUGAAGAAAUGAUCAAACCCGGCAUUAGAAUCUUCUUUGUUACUGUAGAGUGUCAUUUUGUGCUUGACAUAGCUUUUGGACAUGAUUAACAUAUGCUUACUUAGUUAAACAUCUCUAAUUCCAGCUAUAAAGUAUAAACAGACUGCUUCGAGCUAUUCAUCUGAUCUACCCUUGAUUGCCACUGAACUGGAUUAAUUUGAAGAUAUCUAACUGUGUAAAUCUGUGAUUGUACCCUCAAUCUAAAUUUGAUGCAACUGCAGUGCGAUACACUGUACAACUGCACAGUGACUCACUUCUAAAAAAUGAUUUCUGAUUGUUGGAAAGUUGCAUGUCCAAUGUUUGGGAAAGCAACUGGGAAGUAGAAUGAAUGAGUGUUGCUGGAAGCAGAUUAAAUGUGAAGUAUUGUGAAAAUCAUAAUGAAACAGGGAUGUGUCACUGUGCGAUCUUCUGAUAAACAUCUGCUGGGUGUGAUGAUCUACAGUGUUGACGUAAAGCCUUUAUAUAUUCUAGGUUUUCGUAAAGCCUUGCACUGCCAUUGUAUAAAGGGGAAAAGGUAAGGGAACAGAAAAUGUAAUCACUUUUUCGACUGAACUCUCAUUUUCUUUUUCAAACUGAAUCAGAUAAUGCAUGCUUUAAAUCUGGGAACACACAGUAAAUACACUAGGUCACAGUAGAAAUCCCAUCCUUAGCUACUGAGUUAGCUCUCCAUGUAUCUAAUGUUUAGGCAUGUUUUGUCUUGAAGAUGAGCAUUUUAGUUUUUUCUUUCAUUGAAGCAGUUUCUAAAACUGAAUUUAAGAGUAAUAGUUAAUCCUGCCUUCACUGUUGUCAUACUUCAAAGUGCCUCAAAUAUUUAAAGACUGUUUUAUUCAAGAAAUAAAUUCAUUUGAAACAUC